CCGGAAACCACGUGACUCAGCUUGCCACACCCCCUUUCCUUAACCCCGCCCUACUCCGGGGUCACGUGGUCGAAGCAACCGGCCGUGAGGAGAGGAGGAAUCGGAAGAUGGCGGUGGCGGGCGAGAGUUUGAUGCGGAUGGAGGAGGUAAAGCAACGGGCCGCGGCGGGCCGCCUGUGCCUCGUCAUCCACGGCAAGGUGUACGACGUCAGCGACUUCGCCGCCGAGCACCCCGGCGGCGAGUCCGUGCUGCUGGAGAAGUCCGGCAAGGACGCGACGGAGGCGUUCGAGGACGCAGGUCACUCGGGGGACGCGCGCGAGAUGAUGCAGCAGUACUACAUCGGCGAGCUUGACACGGAAGGGUCAACGUUGGAAAGGCCGCAGGCGAAGAAAAUACCGGGGUGCUCCUCGCCAACGUCUGCCAGAUGCUGCUGCUGGCUGUGGCUGGCGCCGGCGGUGGCGGUCGGGUUGGUGGUCGCUUGGCGCUACUACCGCAGGGCCUAGCGGGAGCCACGCGGGAGCCACGCGGGAGCCACGCGGGAGCCACGCGGGAACUUUCCAGCUAGCCCGGCCAGCCUGCACGAGGCCUCGGGAGCUCGGCAUUCCGUACGCUAAACCUGCACGAGCAGCCUAGCCCAGCCACUCGACACAAGGACUCAGAACUCCGCCCGCAACUAGCUACCAACAAAGCCCAGCUAUCCUCAACCAAGACUUGUCAUCAUCAUCGUUUAUGAUGCCGAUGUCGUGCCUCACACAAGUGUAGAAACAAGUGCCGGAGCGGCAACCGAUGCAAUCGAGAAGCACAAUUGAACAAAAAAAAACUUGAGUACCAACUCACGCACUACCAGCUCAGCCCUGCCACCCUGUACCGGGACCUGACACUGAGCUGGCACUACCAGCUCAGCCCUGGCACCCUCUACCGGGACCUGACACUGAGCUGGCACUAUCAGCUCAGCCCUGGCACCCUGUACCAAGACCUGACACUGAGCUGGCACUACCAGCUCAGCCCUGGCACACUGUACCAGGACCUGACACAGAGCUGGCACUACCAGCUCAGCCCUGGCACCCUGUACCAAGACCUGACACUGAGCUGGCACUACCAGCUCAGCCCUGGCACCCUGUACCAGGACCUGACACUGAGCUGGUACUACCAGCUCAGCCCUGGCACCCUGUACCAAGACCUGACACUGAGCUGGCACUACCAGCUCAGCCCUGCGACUCCGCCCGCACCCAUCAGCACGCAGACCUGACACUCGGCCAGUCUCCACCGGCUAACCUUCCCAGCUGAGGCUCGUAACCCAAUCUGCACUACCAGCUCUAGCCCAGGGGUCGGCAAACCUGCGGCUCUGGAAGCAGCAUGCAGCCCUUUAAAGGAACCGCUUCGUGUGCGUUAUUUAUUGAGGACCACACCACCGUCUCGUAUUGACCACGUGCAUUUGCGCGGCCCUUGAGAGAUUGAUUUUAUUCUUAGCGAAAUAAAAAAAGAAAAAUGUUAUUUUCCCAUUUCCGACCCCCGCACUAGCCCGGGGACUCGUCACCAAACCCAGCGUGCUACCUGCUUAGCCCUGCCACGCUGCGCAAGGACUACAGCUACUCGGGUUGCCCCUUCAGCCUGUGCUGCCAGCCGGCGCAAUACCGUCGGCCACAGUGCAGAACAGGCUGCGAACUAUCCGACAUCAAUUGCGUGCCUGAGUACCCAGCUGUUUCCAACCCCCAUCUUCUCCCCCCAGAGGAGAGGCCGACGAGAAACAUGUGCCCACCUCGCCCACCGCUCCCAGCGUUAGCCCUAGGGGCUCGCUCUCUCCCCCCCUGCUUUGUCACGGUGGCUAUGAGAUGUUAACACCCUCGCCUGGUUAUCAGGAGGUCGUGGGGUUCGAUCCAGACCCUGACGCCUGCUGUGUUAUUUCGAGGUUGCAUGUUUCUCUCUCCCCGUGGUCGCUCGGAUUUUUUUUUUCUCCGGUCUUCCAGAUUUUUGCCCCCUCCACAGUUAGAAUCAACGUCACGCGUUCGGAGUAUUUGGCUGCUAUGAAUUUCCACAUGAUGAUGAUAAGCCACUUGGUUGAGCUGUAAAUUGUGGCCAGUUAAAUUCUGAAAGAGAGCUAUACAGCUCGGUAGACCUUACCUCGUAAAAUAAAAAAUAGUUAUUAGUUUAGCAUUUUCCACCGCUAGCCCGCCCACUGGCUAGCCCAAACAUUGGUUUCUGCGUCGGGUUUAUUGAGCCCAGGUACGGGCCGUUUGGCUCAGGGGUUCGAGACACUGAGCUGGCAUUCCCUGGGUUUGACUCCCGGUUUCAGCCGCCCUUGUAUUAAAUACCAGAAUGGCGUGCGUGCGCGCGCGUGUGUGUGUGAGAGAUUGGCCCUUGAUAGGUGCUCGCUAACAGCACUUGCCCCAAACAGUCUGUUUAGGCUAUACGGGGGGAUCUUUUGUCUUUGAAUUGCCCGCGGAAGCGGAUAUCACAGAACAUCUUGUGAGAUCCCUUCAUAGUGACCUUUUAAAAAAUGAAUUGAAACGCUUUGGGGGUGGGGGGGAUGCGGUACUUUCUUGCCUGCCCCUGCCGCGUGACAACCAAAAUGAUAUUGUGAAUUCUCAGGGGUGGAAUUCGGCUAAACUAAGUGUAGAAUCAAAUUGAAUGUAAUCGGGGUUAUGGUUUUUUUACACAUGAAGUAAUUGGCGACCAGGCUGAGGGCCAUCAACUCGCGAUACUUGAGAAGCCCGGUUCUCAUUGUAGGGCAGGAUUCGAACCCAGGCUUCUCAGCGGUGCCGGCUCCAGCACCUCAACCUGGUUGUCUUUAAAAAAAAAAUCGUCGAUCGAAUUUGUGAAUUUCUUUUACAAUAAUGUAACAAACGUGACCGGUGUUCGUAUAUAUUUAUAUAUAUGUGGACGCAAACAAACUUAACGGUUUUUUAAAGUUGAAACUUAACAAAACGUAUCCCGAUAACAAAAGAAUCGUUUUUUAUUUAUCCUGCCUGGCAAUAAAACAGGAGGUCUCAAGGUGUUCAAACACCAAACAGACACACCUAUUGCAAGGCAUCAAGUCUGCAUUAACCACACGCAUUUGUGGUAAAUUAUGCAAAACAAACAUGCACUGAUAAUAUAUGACAUUGUCUUUGAAACUGAUUGGCCUACACCAGAGACGGCCUCCUUUAAGGCCUUGUCUCCCCACCGGUGUUAGAUCAGAGAACAACGCCAAAAGACGAAACAGCGCAAAGGCAAUGUAAAUUUCAAAGCAUCAAUAGCUCGGUUUUGAGCAGAUGAAACAUGUUCCGGUUGGCCAGGCAGACGAUCGUAAAGGGACGUGGCCAAUCACGCGCGGUUAUAUUAACCCUUUCCUGUUCCGAUGACGUACGUGCACGUCAUCAAAACGAAACCGGAAUGAUAAAAUAAAAUAACUUUGUCGGUACCGAG